GAUUACCUAGGUACAUCUGCGGCCGCUAGAAACAAGCCGGGUCAAGCACAAACUUGGCCAGUUCCGAGAAUCUUCCCAGGGUUUGCAUUUCCCCGCGUCUCGCGACUUCCGAUGCCAGCGAUUAUUCUAACCCAGCAUUUUCACCCCAUACUUCUACAGAUUCUGUCGGAACGUUUUCCUACUAGACCACUGGAGAAUUCAUAUGGUAUUAUUGACCAUGGCAGAAAACGGGAACAAGACGAACGGCUCGACAGAGUUUCAUCCUCGAAUGCUCAUUAACGGCGAGCUGGUCGAAGCAUCAGACAAGAAGACAUUCACGCUGCACAACCCAGCAACUACAGCGAAGCUCGCUGAUGUCCCCGAGGCGACUGAGGACGACGCCAAUGCCGCUGUCGCAGCAGCAAAGGCGGCUUUCCCGUCAUGGUCAGAAACAGCCCCCGCCACGCGCGGAAGCUACAUGCACAAGCUCGCAUCCCUCAUCCGGAGCCACAACGACGAGCUGGCGGUCCUCGAAGCUCAGUCCAUGGGAAAGCCCGUUGGGGGGUAUUACGACGCCUAUGCUGCAGCCGUCAAGUUUGACCACUAUGCAGCGUCCUGGGAUCAGAUCAAAGGCGAGACCAGUCUGAACACACCGGGUAAAAUCAGCAUGACCUUCCGUCAGCCAUACGGUGUCGUCGCUGCCAUCAUCCCAUGGAACGCGCCGCUGCUCUUCUUCGCGUUCAAAGCGGCACCGGCACUGAUCACGGGCAACACCGUCGUGGUAAAGACGAGCGAGAAGGCCCCACUUGCUGCCGCAAAGGUAGCUGAGCUCGUCAAGGAAGCUGGCUUCCCCCCUGGCGUCUUCAAUGUGAUCUCUGGUCAUGGGACCCCGUCUGGAGCUGUCCUCGCCUCCCACAUGGACGUCCGCGCUCUUAGCUUCACUGGCUCUGCCCGCACCGGGAGGCUUAUCCAGGAGGCGGCCGCAAAGUCGAACCUCAAGAAGGUCAUACUGGAGCUUGGCGGAAAGUCCCCUGCACUGGUCUUCGAAGACGCCGAUCUGGACAAGGCGGUUGCCGACACGAGUCGUUCCAUCCAGCAAAAUAGCGGACAGAUCUGCAUGGCCAACAGCCGCGUCUACGUGCAGAAGAGCAUUGCCUCCAAGUUUGUGGAGGCCUUCCAGAAGAGGUUCGCUCAGGUCAAUGCCGGAGAUCCAACCAAGAAGGAGACGAACCACGGCCCCCAGGCCGACGGCUUCCAGUACAACAAUGUCUUGAAGUACAUCGAGGAGGGCAAGACUGCGGGUGGCUCACUUGCUAUGGGCGGCAAAGGGAAGCUGGACAGCAUGGGAGGCUAUUUCAUCGAGCCGACGGUCUUCCUGGACACCCCAGAAAACAGCAGGUUCAUGAAAGAGGAGAUCUUCGGGCCGGUGGUCAAUAUCAGCACCUUUGAUACCGAGGACGAGGCCAUCAAGGUAGCCAACGACACCGAAUUCGGCCUCUACGCAGCGGUAUUCACCAAAGAUUUGGACCGCGCUCUGCGAGUUGCAAAGGCGCUAGAAAGUGGAUACGUGGGGGUCAACACCACGAGUCCCAACAUCGCCCCAGACAUGCCCUUUGGCGGGUACAAAUCCAGCGGGCAAGGACGUGAGGGAGGGACGAACAGCUUAGACAACUUCUUGGAGCUCAAGACCGUCCUUAUUGAUCUCGGGUCUCGACUUUGAUAGAUUUGGGGGUGACGGAAUACACACAUAUAUGCUGUAGCUUCACUACUUUCCCGCAACAGAAUUGGUUUCCACCUGCAGAUUACUUACAUAGAUUAGUUAGUGACUAGCAGAACACAUGUCGCGACUUUAGUCCCUAAA